UUUUGAUCUAAAAAGAGAAAAAACAAAUAUCAAAACCGACAAUAAUUUUUCGUUAUAUUUCCAUGAAAAUCAAAUCCGAAUCAUCGACCACGCGAACACUGUCCACUGUUCCGCCGUUCCACUGGAAAGUGAACGGUACGUUGAACGCACUCCAACUCGGGCGAAUGACAGUUCAAGUCACACAUUGACUUCCAAUGUGUACUGUCAGACAUGUUCCACUGCUGAUGACGUUUCAUAAAAAAAAAUAGUGCUAGCCACACAUUCGCUCGUGUGAAAAUUUAAUUCAUUUUAUUUGGUUGAAAAUUUAAUCGUGAAAAUGGUGGAGGAUACAAAUGUGCAGGAGACGGAUGUAAAAUCAGGAAAUGCACCGGUUGAAAGUGAACAAAAGCCGUUAUUUUCCAUUGAAAUUUUGCGAUUGAUUCGUGAUGCACAAAAACAACACGGUCUGCGACACGGUGACUUUCAGCGGUAUCGAGGCUAUUGUACACGCCGCAUUAGCCGACUGCGUAAGGCAUUAAAGUUGCCACAGGGCGACAAGCGUCAUUACAAGAAGCGUGAUGUGACGGUCGCCCAUUUGGAUGGUGCAACCGGUAAAGUGGCUAUUGCUGGGCCAAGUGGUGAUGAACGUUUCUUAUAUCUUCCAUUGAUGUUGGCCGAACGAGCGUGGUCGUAUGCAAUGCAAUUGCGACAAGAAGCCAACACGGAACCACGCAAGAGAUUCCAUUUGGUGAAUAAAUUGCGACGUGCAUGCAUUUAUUCGUUGCAAUUGCAAGAGUUGUGCUCGCAAAGUCAUCGAUUGGACGAUAAAACCAAGCUGGAGGUCGAAGCCUAUGUGGCGUGUAUGCAUGGCAAUCUACACUUUGAAUUGGGAUUGUGGCAAUUGGCUGCUGAGAAUUUCAAAAAAUCUCAAAUCAUCUACGAAAAUUUGGUGAAAGUCAUUCAAGCCACAUCGGCCAAUGAGGAAGUGUGCGACCUCUACAGAUCAAAAAUCGAGGAAUUGAAACCGAAUUUACGUUACUGUGCCUAUAAUUUGGGCAGCAAAUCCGAUUCGGCCGCUACAAUUGAUGAGAUGAUGUUGGAGAUUCGUCGGGCUCAAGGUGCCAGUUCGCUGAUUAAUUUGGAAUCAUUCAAAACGGCACAAAUCGAAGGUGCCAAACUCGAAACCAUCGAAUGGCGCAAUUAUAAAAUUCAAAUUCGUUUGCCGGAAAAAGUGCGACUGUUCUUAUUGAGUUUGCAAGAUUUGGAUAAGAGCAUCGAACAAGCCAAGACGCUGCAAAACAAAAUUGAUAUUGUUGAAACGGUUCUAAUCGAUUGCAAAGACAGCAUUCAAGCGGCUAAAGAUGACUUCUUGAAAUCGGAUUCAGUACGUAAAGGCGCUGCCGGUGAUUCGGCCAGCAAUGCACCAACCGUAUCGAACAAUGUGCAAUUGUUGCUCGCCUAUUUGAACUACAUUCGCUUGAUUCGUACGCUUGAACGUAAUCUGUAUUUGGUGGCACAGACAAAACAAAGCUUGUCAUUGGAAAACACCGUGGCUGAUAGUAGCGAUGCAACGAAGAAAGGAGCACGGCCACAGAAUUUGACACGUCUCUAUGAAAUUAUUGCACAGAACGUGCUCGAAUUACAACAAAUUGCCGGCUUCGAAAACGAUAAGGCCUAUCAAAAUGAAAUACAAAACUUGUCGAUCGCAUUCAAAGCAUUCCGAUGCUAUUACAUCGCUAUGACAUUGGUGUCACUGUUCCGAUGGAAAGAGGCCGUCGCACUUUAUGAACGUUCCAAGAACUAUGCGACCGAUGCAUUGCAAAAUCCCCCAGCUCAAUUUAAUUUGAAACAGGAGCUAACCACACUGCUCAAGGAUAUUGAAAGUUGUAAAUUCUCGGCACAUGCAUACAGUGUGCUUGCCGAUGAUGGAUCGGCCGCAUCGAAUGACGGUUUGCUAUACCUCGAUGGCAGUGGUCGCAAGCAAAAAUCACUCAAAUCGAAACCAUUGUUCGAUCGUUUAUCGCAUUAUGUUGAAGAUCAACAAUUGAAUUCAAAGAAUCCAAAUGUCUACAAAUUGACGCCUGACAUCGAGCCAAUUCCAUGCAAACCAUUGUUCUUUGACUUGGCCUUGAACUUUGUGGAACUUCCAUCGCUCGACGACAAAAUCGAUUCACCUGUUAAGAAACAGCAACAGCAACAAGGCAUUUCUGGUUUCGUCAAAGGUUUCUUGGGCUGGGGCAGCGGUAGCGGCGCUAAAUAAACACAUUUUUAAUCGACCUUUUUAUAUUCGAGUUUUCGCGCUGUUUUAAAAUACAAUUGUUCUUUUUUUCCAUUGAUAUACUGAAAUACAGAAGAAAAAAAUAAAGUAUGAAAAA